AUGGGCGACCGUCACUGUCCCGUUGCGCUCUUUACCGGAGCAACGGCCGGAAUCGGCGAAGCCAUCCUGAAAGCUUACGCUAAACAGCACCGGGACGCUCGUAUCUACUUUGUCGGUCGCAAGGAAGAGUCCGCUCGGAAAAUCAUCGAGGAUGUUCGGGCGAUGUGGACUGAUGGCCAGGAGAGAGUGGAAGAUGAGGGAGAGAUCACGUUUGUCAAAGCGGAUUUAACGCUCUUGAGGAACGUGCAGAGCGUUGUGGAGGAGGUUAAGAGGAGGGAAGGAGGUGAGGGCAGGCUGGAUUUGCUGUGUAUGAGUCAGGGGUAUUUGACCCUCAAAGGGAGGCAAGAAACAUCCGAGCAUCAUGACGCGCCUCUCGUCCUUACUUUUCAUUCCCGCGCCUACCUCACCUACAGUCUCCUUCCCCUCCUCCGCUCUUCCAACUCCCCCAAUGGUGCGCGUGUCAUCUCUAUCCUCGCGCCGGGGGACGAAGGUCCUCUCUACCUAGAAGACCUGGACCUCAAAGAGAGGCAUCCGACCCUGAUUGAUUGGAUCUUCCCAGGAUGGCUAAGGCGUCUGACGGGGCUGGAUCCAGGCUACAUGAUGCUGAGAAUAAGUCAUUCCGUUAUCAUGACGACUCUCUUCUUCGAGGAGUUGGCGAGGCGCGAAAGAGAGAGGAUCCAAGAGGUCCAUCCAACGACGGAAGCAGCACCAGAUGUGCUCGGGCACAGUGGAGGUAAAGCUGGCGUCUCUUUCCUUCAUGUCUACCCCGGCCUUGUCAAGACGAACGAGUUCGAAAACGGAGACUUUCCGGUUGCGCUAAAGUUUUUCUUCACACGGAUCCUGCUGCCUCUCAUUACGCCUAUGGCAGUGCCUGUGGAGAAGGUCGGAGAGGGCGUUACAUCGAUGGUGGAGGAUAAGAGGUUCAGCCUCUCCCGAUCCAUUGAAGGCGAACAAGCUGAGGUAGCUGAGCUUGGUUCGGAUGGGGUGAGAGGAAGCGGGUCAUACUGUCUCAGCUGGGACGGAAGAAGGAAGGUAAAGGAAAAUGUGUUGGAGGCACUGAGGAAGAAGGGGGCGAGCGAGUUACUCUGGGAGCAUUUUGAAGAGGGUUUGGGGUUUUUGGAUACUACGACAGGCGAGUAA